AUGUAUUCAUCGAAAGUUAUUGCCUUAGUCACUUUAAUCAUCGCAGUCAUCACAGUCAUCACAGCCAUUACAGCUACAGCAGCAACAACAGCGAUUAUCGCCGUUACUGCGACUGCCCGACCAACAGCACCAACUGUCACUGCUACCACAGCAGCUGCAAUGAUUAUGACUAUUGUUACUACUGUAACUAUUACUGCUAGUAUUAUUAGAAGCUUUACAGCUAUCGUUAGUGACACAGCAGCAGCAAAUAGUACUAGACUCGUCAUCGUAGCCGGAUUUUCUACUUGA